UUGAAGACCGCCCACUUCAGAUAUUUUGCUUGAGGAGACCCCUUUAAAGAUUUAAAAAGAGAGACGGAGUCGGACAGUUUGACAGUCACUCACUGAGGGUUGGCAUUGCGUGCGCACAGACACAACUUCUUCGCUGCGCGUCUAGUGGCUCACGCCAGUCCGCCUUCUGUCCCCAUGUUUAGGAUGCUACAAACACCGCAGCUCCGCCAAGGCGUCAUUGCGCUUUUCAUGUGGUUCACUCACUUUAUGGAGGACCACAAAGUCCAGGCCGGUAACUGCUGGUUGCAGCAGGGUAAGAACGGCCGGUGCCAGGUGCUCUACAUGUCCGGGAUGACCCGGGAGGACUGCUGCCGGAGUGGUCGUCUGGGCACGGCCUGGACCGAGGAAGACGUGCCCAACAGCACGCUGUUCCGGUGGAUGAUCUUCAAUGGAGGCGCGCCUAAUUGCAUACCUUGUAAAGACGGACCCAUUAUGUAUGAUGACCGGUUCCUCCAUCCGUCCAUCCAUCCAUCCAUCCAUCCACCCAACCAUCCAUCCAUCCAUCCAUCCAUUUCAGAAACAUGCGACAGCGUCGACUGUGGUCCUGGGAAGAGAUGCAAGAUGAACAAGAGGAACAAGCCUAGGUGUGUGUGUGCUCCGGACUGCUCCAACGUCACAGGGCAUGGGUCCGUCUGUGGGUCCGAUGGAAAGUCCUACAGGGACGAGUGCACCAUGCUCAGGGCCCGGUGCAGAAACCAUCCCAACUUGGAGGUCCAGUACCACGGGCGCUGCCGCAAGACAUGUCAUGGGGUCCGCUGUCCCGGUAGCGCGUCGUGUGUCGUGGACCAGACGAAUAACGCCUACUGUGUGACAUGUAAUCACCAGUGUCCAGAGGUGACGUCCCCAGACCAGUACCUGUGUGGGAACGAUGGUGUUGUUUACGCCAGCUCCUGCCACCUGAGGAGAGCCACGUGCAUCUUGGGAAGGUCCAUUGGUGUGGCCUACGAAGGGAAAUGCAUUGACGCCAGGUCAUGCGAGGACAUUGUGUGUCGGGGAGCAAAGAGUUGUCUGUGGGAUGAAGCGAGUGGCCGCGGACGCUGCUCCGUGUGCGAUGAAGCGUGUCCAGAUAGUCGGCAUGCCGAGAGUGUGUGCGCCAGUGACAACAACACCUACCCCAGCGAGUGUUCCAUGAGGCAGGCCGCCUGUGCUCAGCAGCGCCUCCUGGAGGUCAAACACUCAGGAUCCUGCAACUGUUUAAACCAGGUUUAAACCACUGAGUCAACUAACCCUCAUACACCACCACUGCCCUGCCCAGCCCAGCCCAGCCCAGCCAACACCCCAGCGUCUCAGCCUCCCAGGACCCAGCUUCUAUGAUAACCAGAAUCACCUUGCUUCAUGUCCCAUGCGGGAGGAGAAGACCGCCAGUGAGUCAAGUCAAGGAAAAGAAGCUAAAUGUUGCAGUGAGAUUCUGUGCCGUUGUCAUGUUCACUGAUGCAACAGCAAGUGAACCGUUUUGUUCUUCCAUUUAGUCAUCAUCAGACACAGAACUUUGAGGAAGAGGAGGACAAAGAAGAGGAGGAAAAAGAGCAGGAACACUAGGAAUUUCCUACAUCAAUACGUCCUCCAACACAGACCGGAUGAUAAACAUUCAUAAUAGCUGAACAGUGUUUCAGUUCAGCCACAGAAUACUGUUCAUACUGUACAUAAAGUGUAUGAUUAUUUAUUGUGCUGAGCCCAGUUUCCCCAGAUGCAUCUUAAGGCUAAGAACCUAUGGUUCUAACCACGAACUUAGCCUUCAGAUGCUUUUGGGAAACCGGACCUAUAGGAAGAGAAGAGGAACUAAGCAAUCGUAUAUUUCGAAACGUCUGUGCGUUGGUUUACUUGUAUGUAUUUAUAUAUUUUGUUUAUUAUUAUUUAUACAUUUACAGUGUCAGUCUGUCUUACUGUGUAUACCCUUUUGUCUCUCGCAUUUUAUCCAAAGAGAAAGUGUAUUAUUUAUUUGAGGUGCAAUGCUACCCACGUUGAUGUUCUUCUCAUGUAAACUCCUGUAACGCAAUUCUCUUAUCUGAGCUGUACACAUCCGCUUGUCGUCGGGCAAAGAUUUUGAUUUUUUUCCCCAUCUUACCGUGUCCCUCCAUUGUGAAAUGUUGGCUAGCUAGUUGUGUGUGUUCCAGUUUAUUUUAUUGAGAACCUUUUUGCUCACUGAUGUAUAAUACCCUUGUGAGAGAAAGGCCCUGGUUUUGUUUUUACAACUCAAAGCUGACGAAAAUGGCUUUGUCUAGUUUUUGUUGAACAAAAGUUACCCCGUCCUAGUCCCAGUCCAGUGCAUACCAAUACUUUUAGUCAAAUAGUCUCUUUCCCAUCAGAAAUGUUAUAGCUUUUGUGCAUUAUGGGGAAGAGGAUGGAGAAUACUGUGACUGAAACAAUGUAUGUAUUCUGUUUUAUACAACAUCGGAGUAGGAUUUCAUUUCAUUUUUGAGUUGACACUAUUUUUCUUUUUCAUAUUUCAUAACGUGCCAUUUGAUACUCUUGCACACUUUGAUUUGCCAAUGUUUUUCAGUGCGGUCAAUCACUGAAUGACCUCACUCCCUCUGAGCCAAGAAAAUGCAACUUACCACACAAUCUUCGUCACAUACAAUAUAUCACACUUAAGCAUGUUGUUUUUCCUCACACUUUUGGGGGAUAUUCAUAUGACUUAACUGCUGCGGUAAAUUUACUACCUGUUUGUCCAAAACAGAAAUCUGUUUUCAGAAGAUAACAGCUGCUAAAUUUACAGUGGGGAUAAACAUCGAUGAAUAAACCCUGGUCUACUUUGUUAUAUUAUGUUGAAUAGAGAUUCAGUCAUAAAUAUAUAGUUUUGUAUUUUUUAUGUGAAUGUUAAAUGUACAUAAUAGCUAUUAUGAUGAUAUUUGUACAGGGCAAGAGAGUAAAGAAUAAAAUCAUUUUUUCCCU